AGAGGUCACAACCACAAACACUAAACUGCAAGAACCCCGGUUUUUUUUUUUUUUUUCAAGGUUCUCUCUUUCUAUGCUCUCUGUGAAGGGUUAGGCAUCGAACGCACGACCAGAAAAUGACACUUUCUUUAAAUUCAGUUGCGGGUUUCCAAUCGACGCUGCAAGCAAAAUCUCACAAUUUCUCAAGAACUUGCCCUGGAGCUUCUGGGCUAAAGAUUGAUUAUAUUACAGCUUCCACAGGGCGAAGGUUUUGGUUUGGGAGUAGAAUAAAUGAUAAUAGAAGUUGUCUGGUUAUCUCGGCUGCUGAUGGCAAUAAGGUAGCAACAGAUUCAACCAAUAAAGAUUCCAGAAUUUCAGAAAGAGCGCUGCCCAGGGACCAGUCGUCAUCAGCAGAGCCAUUAUCCAUAAGCUCUUCACCUGUUACAAUCCAGCAUGACACCAGUGCUCAGGAUGGACUGGGACGUCAAAUCCCCAAGGAUUCUUCUAAUGGGUUGCAGGUUCCUUCGGAUGUGAAGCAGAUCAAAUCAGGUGCUUCAAGUAUGCAAUCUACAGUGAAGAGAUCAUCUUUGACUGCAAGAGAGAAAUUAAGAGCAGCCCGUGUUUUAAGCCGAUAUGCAGAAUCAAAGCCAUCAAAACCAGAGCUGGGAAGCAAGGUUUUGAAUGCUAUGAGAGAAGGUGACAAAGGGAAGAAAAGGCCUGGCCUCCCUGAAGCUCCGGAGAACUUAUUUGAUGACAGCAAGAGAGGAUUACCAAAGGCUGGCCUGACUUUUGAUCUUCCAGGAGGUGUUGAUCUUUUUAUCAUUGUUUCCUCGGCUGUCUUCAUUGCUACGGUCAUGUUUGCGACAGCUUUUAUUGUCUGGAAGGCUGGUGCCAUCCAUUUUAAUGAGUACUAAGGUACUGUUUAUUUAUCAAUUUAUAUUUUUGCUGAGCAUCUUUUUGGAGCAUGCUGAACUUCUUUGAUGUGAAGUAUAUGCACUUCAAAUGUACAGAAGUAGAAGGUUUGCAAUGGUUACCAGUUCUGUUAUUGGCAGUAUACUAGAGGUGGAGAUGGUAACUAGCUCUCAGAAUGAUAGAAUAAAAUUUAUGAUGCCUUCUCUAGUAA